GAAAAAAGAACAGGAAGAACGUGAGCGCAAGGAGCGCGAGGAGCAAGAAAAAAUACGCAAGGCCAAGUUGGAGGCCGAACUGAAGAAACAGCAGGAACACGAGAAGGAGCUGCAGCGUCAACGAGAGCUAGAACAGGAGCGGGAAGAGCAGCGCAAGCGUGAGCUUGAAAAGAAAGAACUGGCGCGGAAAGAACUUGAAAAGCAACGGCAGCAGGAAUGGGAGGCACAGAAAAUCUCUGAAAUGCAGCAGCACCGCCAGCGUGAACAGGAGAACGUGCUGAAGUUGAAGGCACAAAACCAAUCGCUGAGCGUCGAGCUAAGCACAUUCAAUGAGCGCAUCAAGGAAAUGUCACAAAAGAUCUGCGACACGCGCGUCGGCGUUACGACCGUUAAGACCACGAUCGAUGGAAUGCGCGCGACACGCGACUCACAGAUGGCCGAAAUGGCUCAGUUGAAAUCGCAGGUUAAGGAUCAAAACCAGCGGCUGGUACAGCUAAGCCAGGAGAAGGCGAAACUCGAUGCUAAGAAUAAGACGGGCGAAACGGAGAGCCAGCUGCAGUUCACUAACAAACAGAUUGUUAUACAGCAACUAAAGGACAAGUUGGAGAACACGAAGCAGCAAAUCGAAAAUAAAUCGACCGACAUUAACCUAAACCGGGAGCAACUAACCGAACUGAAGGCCCAGCUGACCGGACUGAUCGAUUCUUGUGAGAAACUGUACGGCGAGUAUGAUAUGCAAAGGAUUCAGAUACUUGAAAUGAAGAACAAUCGUAAAAAUGAAUCGUACAGCACGAGCACAUGGGAUACGGGGAGUUCGUGGGCAACGGCGGAUACUACAGCUAUCGCUACCACUAACGAGCCACUCGCGCGUGCAUCGGUUCCGGUAGAUAGUUUGCCGACACCACCGGGCUAUGUUAAGUACCGUGCAAUCUAUGAGUUUAGCGCGCGAAAUGGUGAUGAAAUAUCCUUCCAACCGGGUGACAUUGUGAUGGUACCGCUGGAACAAAAUGCCGAACCGGGUUGGUUGGCUGGUGAAAUCGACGGCCACACUGGCUGGUUCCCGGAAACCUAUGUUGAAAAGGUCGAUAACAAUCUGAACGUCGUAGAAGCGGUACCCGAGACGAUAGCAUACGGUAGCACCGCACCAACCGAAGAUUAUGCCGCUACGGCCGUGUCGGCGCCUGCCACCGAGUACACUGCCGCAAACGACACGACAGUCGAAGCGACCUGUAACGGAGAUGUUGAAUAUUAUGUGGCCUGUUAUGCCUACCAGUCGGCGGAAGUGGGCGAUUUAGUGUUCGAUGCUGGUGAAACGAUUGCAGUAUCGAAGAAGGAGGGCGACUGGUGGACGGGCACGAUUGGUAACCGAACGGGCAUCUUUCCUUCGAACUACGUGACAAAGCAUGAUGGUGGAGGGGCAGAGGUAACCAAUGGCAACCAACCGAUGCAGGAGCAGCUACCAGAACAGCAUACUGAGAUUGAAGCAUUACAGCGGCAACAGCAGCAACAAGCGACGUACGAGCAGGAAGCGAAACGGAAACAAUCGACCACCGGCAAUACUCAGGAUGCCGAAGAUGCACGCAAUCAGGCGGAGGCAGACUCGGAAGUAUCACAGAUCAACACGCAACCACCACAGGCACCGGCCGCCAAUGAGGAAAACAUUCGCUACUCGUCGAUGUCGAUGACAUCCGCUACGCCAAGUCUGCGACGAAAGGGUGAAGUCGCACAGGUAAUCGCACCAUACGAAGCGACCAGCUCCGAACAGCUGUCCUUGCAGCGGGGUCAGCUGAUAAUGAUCCGAAAGAAAACCGAUUCCGGAUGGUGGGAGGGUGAGUUGCAGGCAAAGGGACGACGUCGCCAGAUUGGUUGGUUCCCCGCGACGUACGUGAAGGUACUGCAGGGUGGCCGUAACAGUGGACGCAACACUCCCGUGUCUGCAAGUAAAGUGGAACUUACGGAAACCAUUCUCGACAAAGUGAUUGCCCUGUAUCCGUACAAAGCACUAAACGACGAUGAGCUCUCCUUCGACAAGGACGAUAUCAUCAGCGUGCUCGGGCGUGAUGAACCGGAAUGGUGGCGCGGAGAGCUGAAUGGUACCACUGGUCUGUUCCCGAGUAAUUACGUCGGCCCGUUCGUAUCGUCCGGCAACGUAUAACGGGCAGCAGGGCUUUUAGCAACGUACACCAAAGCCCAGUACGAUAGCGAGCGGUACGACUUCGCAGACGAUGGCGCAGUCUCGUGGGAAACCGACAUACACAACAACAACAGCAACAACCACAACAAUAAACAACACAACAAUAAAAGCUUCGAUAAGUUAAAAAUUAAUGAUAACACUUACAAUGAUAAUGGCAACAUUACGACAAACGAUAAUACUAUUGAUAUUAAUCAAAACAACAAUAAUCAUCAGCUGUUACUAGCACGGUUGCUGGCAGCUGCUAGAGGAGGUAGUGGAGGGAGAGGAGCUUAUCAUUGUCAGGAGUAGGGCCAGUAGUUCGUUCAAGGUGCAGCUCCUCUCUUUCUCCCUUGCGGAUCAGUUGUAGGUGUGAUAUAUAUAUGUUGCAUACCCCCAAAGGCACACCAUCAUCAUGAUCAUCAAACAGCACACCCUAUAGGUGACCUGGUGGCGAUAAAUCUAACUAAACCAGACUGGCUGAAGACGAGGGCGAGGUCAGCUGAAUGAACGGACGAAAGGUAUCGACGGUAAGGAUAGGGAAGUACGCGAUAAAUGCAUGAGCAAAGAUGAAGAUAUCAAACUUAGUGUUAUAUUGGAUUGCAAAGGGAAUCCUGAGUACAUGAGUAGCAAAUCGCGGGUAUUGUUCACUGGUGCAGUACUCUAUUUACAUUUACAAUCAUUCCAGCGACUUAACUACGUCGUCAUCAUGUGGCCGUGUUACUAACUUUUUAAAUGUUGAAAUGUUCUUUGCCAGCAUUGGUCCGACGGCUCGAGGCGGCCAUCAGUAUUUCGCUUUACGUAGUGUAAAUGCGUUAAGUUACACUUUUUGGCGAAACCACUGACAUAAUCAUCAGGAUACUUGUAGAUUGAUCCAUUUAUUAAUUUAUUGCACUCGCAUUCCGAAAUGCGUGCUCUCUUCUUAUAUCUAUCUCUCGGUUGUUAAUUGAUUCUGUUAAAGUAUAUAAACUUAUGCAUACAUGCUUGUUUGUUUAGUUGCAACAUUACCGUUAAACCAUGUUUAUAGUCUCCAUAUGCAGCACACAAUGCAACACUUAGCAGUAGUAAUCCUUUACACGCAAAUAUAUUAACUAACCCGUCGGUCCGGUACUGCCAGAUCUGAAACGAGCGAGCCUUCUCGGCAUCGGAUAACCUGUUUGCUAGAUUGAAUGUCCCUCGAUGGUUCCAUUGCAGCUUUGUUGUUCUCAGUCUUGGUGACACUUCCUGACACGGAUGUGGUGUUUAUUCUUAUGAUUGUACGAGAUUGUAAUUAUAUUAUACACAUAUAUUAAAAUACGAUUCAAUCCGGCUGAAGAAUGAGGAGAAAUAGAUAGCUGCCGAAUUCUCACCUAACCGAUCAAAGGAUUCAAAUUAGGCUAAACCAGAUUCCAUCGAUCCAGGCGAUCGAUCGAAUCAGUUCAGCGCAAUAGCAAAUGACACAGACUGUAUAAACGUAACAACAAAUUUAAUUUAAUUGAAACUCCGUUUUAUGAGUUUACUUUAUGUUGAUAGCAGUUAGCACACAGGAACUAAUGCUUUAGUUAUUGAUCAUACGCAUGAUCGUGAAGGCAGUAGGAGACUGUACGGAUUGAGUGUUAUCCCUUGGUUUGGCUUGCGAUUCCCUGUACGGUAGAGGCAAACUUGUUGGUUCAAAAGAGAAAAAUUCAAAUCAUAACUAGCAAAGGAAAAAAAUGGUCUAUAUAUAUAGUUAUAAAUACCUAACAUAUAUAUACAAAUGUGAAAGGCACAUGAAUAAUUAGAUAUAAUUACUUGCCCCCUAUAUAUUACAUAGAACUACUCUCAAAAACAUGGGUUCUCUAUGCAAUCGCUAAUUCCUUCUGCUCCUCCCCAAUAUCUCUGUAUAACAAACCAACAAGAGCAAAACGAAAAAAGCAUGGUUAUUUCUUCUGAAAGUGUUAUUUAUAUUAUGCUAUUGCAAGAGUUAAAUCAAUUUAGUAUAGUAGAGCCAUAACAUAGCCUGACAGUGGCAAUGGCGCCUGUAUUAAGGAUUGGACACUAGAUGGACUAGGCGGUACUUGCGAUCGCCAUCACUUUCCUCGUUCCGCUGACACCGCAGUAACCGAUACUGAGUGCGCUGUGCUUGCCUGUUGGUAUGUCCUGUUGGUGGAGGAUAUUCCCUUGCUUCUCUCCGUUUCUGUAAAUUGUGCUAGUUGCUACUUGGAAGAAGAUCAUGCACACACUCAAUCCUGGAACUGAACCGGACCGCUGGAUUUCCAUUUCCCUCGGCGCUAGCUCCUCAUAUCAUCUCUCCUGUUCAUCUGUUUGUUGUACAGUUUCCAACUAUUCCGACCUUCUGGUAGGCUGUCGCCCUGAUUGGAUUCCGCUAGUCGACCACAAAUGCGCAAUGUUUUCACUACUGUCCCAAAAGCUACACAAGCUCUGCCCUGGUUGUGUUGAGCUUUCCAUAAAGCGAGAAACAUCCCUUUUGCUUGCUUCCUAUUUAAGGUAAUGUAAUAUAAAAACUAAAAAUGAAACACUAUGGACGUUUUCUUUCACUUCGUUCAUAUAUGCAUGUGCAUGCGUGUUUUUCUGAGAAGAUUUUGAUUCGUAACAUGGUGUAUCGAUGUUACAAAACUCCAUAGCAUCCUGCUGCAGCUAGAGUGAAAGCCCAGCAACUCAACCAACAUGUAACUAUAGAUACCACAAGCAGUAUGGGGGCUAGAGUGAAUGAUCCCUUCUUCAAACCCUGUGAGUGCAUUGCAACUCCUCAUUGUACGAUCAAACAAGCCAGAUAAAACGAAAACAAAGAUAAAGUAACUUGUUAGUAAUAUGCGAGCAUUCGCUGAAGCUCGUUGCUGCUGGAACCCAAGCGAACACAAAGGAAAAAUAGCAUAAAGCUGAUAAAGCCACCCAUCAAUGAAAACAGCUACAAUAAGAUAGUAACGUGACAAGCAAAUUAUCAGAAACAGGUACACCGGUAAAUAAUACAAAAUCAACAUUAUUGUCAUUAAUAAGUUUGUCGAUCAAUCAAUUCACAUUCAUCAUCAAGUAUGUACGUAUGUAUUGAAUGUGCAAAAAGUGUAUGUUGCAGGCACUGUUACAAUGUGGGCAGUACUGGCUAGAAGAGCAUCAUUUAUCGUCUAAUCACACUCGUUUAUCGCUACCUGCUAGCAACCGCAGAAGCUGAGUAAUAUGGAUGAGCAAGCGCAAAAGACUCAGAAGAACAGGAGAUCACGCGAAAAGGCAUCCGUGGCAACCACCAUUAGCAAUCAUACUGCACAACGGUGGCAAUAAUAUGGUGUCGUAUAGGGCAAUCGUCGUCGGCAAGAGAAUCAGCUGAAGCGUGAGAAUUACCAUACGGCCGACCUCACCAUCAGGCGAGACGAGCGAGUGUGCAUCAUAGAGAUAAGAGAAGGGAAAGCGUAUCGUCUGCGGCAGCUGGUCCAUCAAUAGUGCGAUACUCAACGAAAGGGACAGGUGCAUGGAGCACAAGGAAGCAGCAGGAUAAUACAAGCAUUAAUAAAUUCAACCCAAAAACGGUGCGAGUUAGAGUUGCAAAAUGAACAAUAUGGUAUGCUGUUCUUUUCGGUAUAAAUUGUUGCAUAGCUAUAACUAUGA